AUGGCAGACUCCGAUGACUUCGCGCAGGCUCCAGGUCUCAGGUCCCUCGAGACGUCCACUUUGGUGCUCUCCCUGCCCACCACGGGGCUUGGAUCUCAGUCCUGCAUCAUGGAGCCUGCCUCCGAGCCUGACCGGCCACAGUGGCAGGCAGCACUCGUCCCGCUUACAGUGGGGACCGAAGUGGAGGUGAUCGACGGUCACAGACGUCAUCUCGUCGGUCGCCGAGGGAUUGUGCUCCCUACCUUGGAGUGUGACCGCAACACUACGCGGAAUGUGCGGAUCAUACAAGGCCCUCGGGAUGAACAACGUCGUAUUUUUACAAUCGACAAGGAGCACCUCGCUCCCCGACUGGGGUUGGAAGCCACACAAGCUUCCAUGUGUGAUGGAAUGGAGCCGAGUCUGAGGUGGAGAUGUGCUCCCCCACCAUUAACCAUUUACAGCGCCCGAUACCUCCUCGGCUACCAGGCCCUGGAGACCAUGGUGCCUCCGGCGGCACCCAAACGGAAUCCAGCUGGCCACUAUAUCCAUCCCCCGGUGGACGAUGCUACGCUUGAGGCACCCUGGGAAAAACACGUUGACCAAGCUCGCGAUCGUCCCUACUACUAUCACCCGGGGACAAAGCAGGUGACCUGGCGCAAACCUCGGCCUGCCCUGGUUCUUCCGAGGGAAGAGGAGACUGGGCCCACCAAGCCCAGGCGAGGCAAGACUGCGAUACCACAACCUCGUACUCCUAGUCCGCCUCCUCCCAAGAGGAUGCGAAAGCAUCCCACCAGCGAUGCUCAGCAGAACACUACGAGCUCUACGACCCAGUCGUCAGCUUCUGCCACAGCUACAGGGACACCUACUACAGAGAGGAAGCCCGCUCCGGCCUUUGAUCCCCAAUCUUCUGGUGGCCCUUCUGAAUGGAACCUGGCCGAUCAUGCUUUACCUGCCUCUCCAGAUCGGGUACUGAUCUGGGGGACCAAGGCCAGGACACAGCUGCCCCAACCGCCGAGUGCUCCUGCUUGUACCCUGGAUGUGGAAAGGUUUCUGCAGAGCUUCUUCAGGACACGGCAAGGCCCCACUGGCACACCUCUUGCCACCCUGCUUGGGGACCCAGUCCCGCAACCUGAUGGUUGGUGGAGGCUCCCGUGGACACCACUGGAUCCAUCGCACUGCGAGCUGCUGUGUCAGGAUGGCUGGCUAAGGGGCUGGCACGGAUGUAAGAUGGAGGCACUAUACUCCAUCAUCUACCAUGGCCAACUUCUCCCGAGCACUGACGAGUCGAAAGGCGACAGAUUCCUGGCAGGCUGUCCAGGGGUGUAUCUGCACCGCGACAGCCUGCAACACAAGGUGGAGAACUACAUGCGAUGGAUACCACUAUGUGGAGAUGGUCUCUUUUGGGCUGCCAAGUGGGAGGUGGUGUAUGCUCCCUCGGGGAGCAACAAACAUGGCAAGCGUACUGAUCAGGUUAUACAAAGUGCUGAGUCGGUGGAGCUGGUGGCCCUCUGGCUCUCAGUGCGCUCCGAGAACAUGCUGCCUGAGGGAACUGCUGUGCAGGCCACAUGGACGCCCGCCCGUGAGGCCAACCCUUGCCUCACAGAGUCCAAGCGACGAAGCAGUGCUUUGAUACAGGCUGUGGACUUCGCGGCACUUUCUGCCUCCUCCAGACCUUUGCCCAGCUCCAGUUCGCGGUCUGACCCGGCGAUCGACGACAAAGGCCGACUCAAGCCGACACCCAAAGCACGUGGUCGCCUGCCACACAUCCCUUCUGAACUAGAGAAGGACUGCACACCUGCACAAGCGAAGCUCACCAUACAGGCAGGAGAUCUCGUCCUUCGAUCGGCUACAGCACAUAGCUCGGAGACUCCCAAUGCUCCGACCACGGUUUCGGCUGCUACCUUGGCCGACCCAUCAGAUCCACCUCAACGAGGACCCAAACGGGUUCGAUCUGAUGCUUCCUCUCCGAAACCAAGGAGGAUGCAGACACGGCCCAAGCCGAGACGAUCGAUUUGGUUUGAUGUCACGGACAAUCCGGCUGAUCAACCACUUACGACCUCCUCCACUGCAGCCAAAGGCCGUGGCACUGGGAUGACCAAAGCUGCGAGGCACCAAGAACGUGUCCGCAAGAAGAUGGCCAAGAAAAUGGAAGAAAUCUUCCAGGCCAAUAGUCUAGCCUACUGGCGGCUUCGUCAAACCAGGAUGACACAGGUGGGUUCCCUGCUCACAAACCUUCGUUGCUCCUUCCACCAGUCUGUCUUCGCCAUUGGGCGCAGGCCAGUGGAUCGAGCAGACAUCACCUCGAGAUAUGUUCCUGUCCAAUUUGUGCAGGACAUCCCGGGCACGUGGCUGGCCUAUCGUCUGGCGGUCUUGCCCUCCGUCGACUACGCAUUGCACCAGCCAGACCCCGGGCACGACGCCGUACCCCAGGCAAUGCCCUCGCCCCAUCCUGCUACCGUCCAUUCAAAUGCGUACACAUUUGCCAGGAAGAGAUCCUACAAACGUGACCUACGUCGUGCUGCACAAGACGAGGCUGAGCGUCGCAUGCAGCAGGCCGCUCUGAAAGUCUCCCAGGGACGCCUGCUGUUCCUCUCAUGGAAUGCUGGAGGCUUGUCCCAGGCCCUGUGGCAGGAAUUCUUGCUGCGAGACCGCUCCGUCUGGGACUGGCUGCCUGGAGACUUGGUGGAUAUCACCUGUUUGCCGCUCUACCUGGGAUCCGAGAGUUCAAAGUCUACGCUCUGCUGUCCAGGACAGCAUCGGCUGGCACUAUGGCAAACACCGCCUAUGCAGGAUGGUAUUCGCUCCAUGUGGCAGGCCUACCGAGUCUGGAAGACAGCCAAAGCUCAAGCUCAGCAUAAUCCGCUUUAUGUUUCCAGGUGCUACCAUCACUUCAAGACGGCACACAAGGCCUUUCGUCGUGCCGGGAAAGAAGCCAAAAAGCACUGGUUCCAUGGCAGGCUACAGGAACUCCAGACUGCUGCCAGUUCAGGCGACUCUCGCAAGCUAUAUGCUGGCAUUCGUACCUUAGCUCCCAAAUCCUCCAAGCCGAAGGUUCAACUGCGAGAUUCUGGCGGACACCUGCAGGAUCCCAAGACCCAGCUAAAACAGCUGGAAACGCACUAUCGCAAAUUGUAUGCUGCGGACGAGGAUGGCAGCAUACAGGGCCCCCAGCGACAGCCCAUUCACAUUGAAGUCACGGAGGCCGAAAUGACCCUGGCUGACCUCGGACCUUGUUGCGCCUCUCUUGUGCCAAUGGUGCCGGCAAUGGCCUCAAAUACCAGAGCUUUGGAGAAGCGCAUGGUUGCGAAAUUGCGCCCCUACGCCGAGAGAUUCCUUGCAGACCAGGCACAAUUUGCAUAUCUGCCAGGUGCACAACUAUCGCUGGACUUGUCCAGUGCUUUUGACCUCAUGGACUGGCGCCUGCUGGACAAGGCUUUACUAGCGUCCGAAGUUCCGGCUGAGCUCAGACACCAAAUCAUGUCCUGGCACUCUGAAAUCUCCUAUGUCCUUACUCACCUUGGGCACACUGCCAAGGUGGAGGCCCAAAGAGGACUUAGACAAGGGUGUAAACUGGCUCCGUUGCUCUGGACACUCGCCCUAGCACAGAUAUAUCGUGAGAUCCUUGCUGAGGGGGACCCGCUUCUCACAGCACCUUGGCUAGAGCAAUGCUCCACGAUUUAUGCUGAUGAUAUACACCUCAAGGAUACUGUGCAGAACACUCGUGAGCUGGACGACAUGGUGUAUCGCUUUAGCAAGAUCCUCGAUGCCCUUGCGGCCCAUGGUAUGGUCAUCAACUCGGCCAAAUCAGCAUUGCUACUGAGACACAAGGGCAGUUUCAUCAGAGGCUGGCUGCGCCGACACCUCAUACCCAAACCCGAGGGGGACCUCCUGCGUUUUCGCAGUCCACGGGGAACAGUGUAUGAAAUUCCAUUGCGUGACCAUCACACGUACUUAGGCAUACGCAUCUCCUACCAUUCACAGGCCAAACAAGCAGUCACCUAUCGGCUGCAGGCUGCGAACCAGGCCUGGCAAAGACUCCGUGGUGUACUGUGCUCCACCAGGCAUCUCGCUCAGACGCAUCGUCUCUGUCUAUGGAAAUCCACAGUGCUUCCCACGCUGCUCUAUGGCAUCGCAGCAUCCAACCCAGGUGCCAAGGACAUCCAGCGAAUGCAGCACAUGAUGACCAAGCAGGUUCGAGCCAUCACACGAUCCUUUGCACAUCUUCAGAAAGAAUCCACACAGGACCUUCUACACAGUAGAAUCAGCUCGAGACACUGCCGCUACACUUCACCUCCAAGUGCAACGCCAAUGGCAGGUAUGCACAUGGAACAGAAGGACUUCCAACGUGCAGACACUGUGCCCACCCCUUUCGACAAUGGGAUCUCUCUCCGGGGACUCACAUCCUGUCAAACGAACAGGAUAGCUCCACUUCGCCGAGCCACGAGGUGGACUGACCUCCUUGUGAAACCGGAGACCUACUCGUAUCUCCAGCACCACUGCCCGCUGUGUUACCAGUGGCUAGCCACCCCUACCAGCAUCAAGUAUCAUCUCACCAUGCAACAUCCAGAGUGGAAAGAAUGCCAACCUUGCACCAUGACACUCUGCGCGGAUCCCAUGGAGCUGGACGAACAGGAGAAGCAAUUUUGGGCCCAUGCCGGUCCGGUCAAACGGGACCGGAACAAAGGCAAGGGCAAGGGUACCAAGGGCAAAGGCAAGGGAAAGCAGGGCCUACCAAGUCCAUCCAGUGCCAACCAGGACCUGCAGCCACUGGGAAAUCACGAUCCAGACUGGAUGGAGUACAGGAUGAAUCGACUAUCCCAGCUGGUCCUUCGUCAGGAGCAAAUCAUCUCAGCCAUCCGUCAGGAUCUGGUCCUUUACCUCUUUGUACGAUCAGGGCCAGAAGGGAUGGUACCGGUUCUCUGCGAAGCAGCGGAGAAGUGGAGGAAGAUGAAAGAGGAAGAACCCGAGAAGAUUACUUACUCCCUCAAACUCAUGCUCUUCAAGCAGCUGCUCAUCACCUUACACCAGAGGUUGACCAACAUGAUUGCGGACGAGGAUGCUCUCGCCAAAGCCAAGAACCUGAACUGGAUCGACGAUCAGAAACAUUGGAAACAUCUUACAUGGAAUCCUACCAAACAAUGUCUGGAAGUCGACAACUCGGUGAGGCCAAUACCGGCGGAAGAUCUGUUGGCCCAACUGGUUCAGAUGAGGAAGGCUGUUACGGAAGAGACCCUGGUGAGGUUCAAGUCCAUGAGGAAGCUCACCACGGAGGUGACCUCCGACUGGAUUCAAUUCCAGAUCUGCAUGUCCCUUCGCCCAGAGGGAGGAGCCAUGUGGAGCACGCUGAACCAGUGGAUCGGACAAGCAUCGUGGCACACCCUGGGCUGCAGGCUUCGCCGCGAUCGGCCGAACUACGACACCCUGGUCCAGGAAGUGUGGCAACAUCAGAUGCCAUACUGA